ACGAGCAGAAUCCGGCGGCGGCAGGCAGCGUCGGCUGCUGGGCUCGGCUUCCCUUCGCCCUCUGAGGCUCCGCAUCCACAGCGGGCGCCCGACCCCGCGUCCCGCCCGGGGCAUGGCCCGGCGCCUCGCCCCCGCGCGCCCCGCCUGCUGAGCUGCGCCGGAGGAGGUGCGGAGGCCGGGAGGCCGGGGAGGCCGGCGCCGUGGCUGAGUCUAGCGUCUCCCAGCAGUGAAUUGAGCCCGCGCCCCGUGCCCCGCGCCCAGCGCCCCAUCCCAGCCGCGCUUGCCCGGGCCGCCGGGAGCCCCGGUGAGCCCAGAUGGCUGGGGCACAGCCUGGAGUGCACGCUUUGCAACUCAAGCCAGUGUGCGUGUCCGACAGCCUCAAGAAGGGCACCAAAUUCGUCAAGUGGGAUGAUGACUCCACUAUUGUCACUCCAAUUAUUUUGAGGACUGACCCUCAGGGAUUUUUCUUUUACUGGACAGAUCAAAACAAGGAGACGGAGCUGUUAGAUCUCAGCCUUGUCAAGGAUGCCAGAUGUGGGAAACAUGCCAAAGCUCCUAAGGACCCCAAAUUACGAGAACUUUUGGAUGUGGGAAACAUUGGACGCCUGGAACAUCGCAUGAUAACAGUGGUGUAUGGACCUGACUUAGUCAACAUAUCCCAUUUGAACCUUGUAGCUUUCCAAGAGGAGGUGGCCAAGGAAUGGACAAAUGAGGUUUUCAGUCUGGCAACAAACCUGCUGGCCCAAAAUAUGUCCAGGGAUGCAUUUCUAGAAAAGGCCUAUACUAAACUUAAACUGCAAGUAACUCCAGAAGGACGAAUUCCUCUCAAAAACAUAUACCGCUUGUUUUCAGCAGACCGGAAGCGAGUUGAAACUGCUUUAGAGGCUUGUAGUCUUCCAUCUUCAAGGAAUGAUUCAAUACCUCAAGAAGAUUUCACUCCAGAAGUGUACAGAGUUUUCCUGAACAAUCUUUGCCCUCGACCUGAAAUUGAUAACAUCUUUUCUGAAUUUGGUGCCAAAAGCAAACCAUACCUUACUGUUGAUCAGAUGAUGGAUUUUAUCAACCUGAAGCAGCGAGAUCCGCGGCUCAAUGAAAUACUUUACCCACCUUUAAAGCAAGAGCAAGUGCAGGUAUUGAUUGAGAAGUAUGAGCCCAAUGACAGCCUCGCUAAAAAAGGACAGAUAUCAGUGGAUGGAUUUAUGCGCUACCUGAGUGGAGAAGAAAACGGAGUCGUUUCACCUGAGAAACUGGAUUUGAAUGAAGAUAUGUCACAGCCUCUUUCUCACUAUUUCAUUAAUUCCUCACACAACACCUACCUCACAGCUGGCCAGCUGGCUGGAAACUCCUCGGUUGAGAUGUAUCGCCAAGUGCUCCUAUCAGGUUGUCGCUGUGUGGAGCUAGACUGCUGGAAGGGCCGGACUGCAGAAGAGGAACCUGUCAUCACCCAUGGGUUCACCAUGACAACUGAAAUAUCCUUCAAGGAAGUAAUAGAAGCAAUCGCUGAGUGCGCGUUUAAGACUUCACCUUUCCCAAUUCUCCUUUCAUUUGAAAACCAUGUGGAUUCCCCAAAGCAGCAAGCCAAGAUGGCCGAGUACUGCCGACUGAUCUUUGGGGAUGCCCUUCUCAUGGAACCACUGGAAAAAUACCCACUGGAAUCUGGAGUUCCUCUCCCAAGUCCUAUGGAUUUAAUGUACAAAAUUUUGGUGAAAAAUAAGAAGAAGUCACACAAGUCGUCAGAAGGAAGUGGCAAAAAGAAGCUCUCAGAACAAGCCUCCAACACAUACAGUGACUCCUCUAGUGUGUUUGAGCCAUCAUCUCCGGGAGCUGGGGAAGCUGAUACAGAAAGCGAUGACGACGACGACGAUGAUGAUUGUAAAAAAUCUUCCAUGGACGAGGGGACUGCUGGGAGUGAAGCCAUGGCCACAGAAGAAAUGUCCAACCUGGUGAACUAUAUUCAGCCCGUCAAGUUUGAGUCAUUUGAAAUUUCAAAAAAAAGAAAUAGAAGUUUUGAAAUGUCUUCCUUUGUGGAAACCAAAGGACUUGAGCAACUAACGAAGACACCAGUGGAAUUUGUAGAAUAUAACAAAAUGCAGCUUAGUAGGAUAUAUCCAAAAGGAACACGAGUGGAUUCAUCCAACUACAUGCCUCAGCUCUUCUGGAAUGCAGGUUGCCAAAUGGUUGCACUUAAUUUCCAAACAGUAGACCUGGCUAUGCAAAUAAAUAUGGGGAUGUAUGAAUACAAUGGGAAGAGUGGCUACAGAUUAAAGCCAGAGUUCAUGAGGAGACCUGACAAACAUUUUGAUCCAUUUACCGAAGGCAUUGUAGAUGGGAUUGUGGCCAACACCUUAUCUGUUAAGAUAAUUUCAGGUCAGUUUCUUUCUGAUAAGAAAGUCGGGACUUAUGUGGAAGUGGAUAUGUUUGGUUUGCCAGUAGACACAAGGAGAAAGGCAUUUAAGACCAAGACAUCACAGGGAAAUGCUGUAAAUCCUGUCUGGGAAGAAGAACCCAUUGUAUUCAAAAAGGUGGUUCUUCCUUCUCUGGCUUGUUUGAGGGUAGCAGUUUAUGAAGAAGGAGGUAAAUUUAUCGGUCAUCGGAUCUUGCCAGUACAAGCAAUUCGGCCAGGUUAUCACUACAUUUCUCUGCGGAAUGAAAGGAACCAGCCCCUGAUGCUGCCAGCUGUCUUUGUCUACAUAGAGGUGAAAGACUAUGUUCCAGACACCUAUGCAGAUGUGAUUGAAGCUUUGUCAAAUCCAAUCCGUUAUGUGAAUCUGAUGGAGCAAAGAGCUAAGCAACUGGCUGCUUUGACACUGGAAGACGAAGAAGAAGUAAAGAAAGAGGCUGAACCUGGAGAAACACCAUCAGAGAUUCCAAGCGAAGCCAGGACAGCCCCAGCAGAAAACGGAGUGAAUCACACUACGUCCUUGACUCCCAAACCACCCUCCCAGGCGCUCCACAGCCAGCCUCCUCCAGGUUCUGUAAAGGCACCUGCCAAAACCGAAGAUCUUAUUCAGAGUGUUUUAACAGAAGUGGAAGCACAGACUAUUGAAGAGCUAAAGCAACAGAAAUCGUUUGUGAAACUUCAAAAGAAGCACUACAAGGAAAUGAAAGACCUAGUUAAGAGACACCACAAGAAAACCACAGACCUUAUCAAAGAACACACUGCAAAAUAUAAUGAGAUUCAGAACGACUACUUGAGAAGGAGGGCAGCUUUGGAAAAGACAGCCAAGAAGGAUAGUAAGAAAAAGUCAGAGCCAAGCAGCCCUGACCAUGGCUCUUCAACGAUUGAGCAAGAUCUUGCUGCGCUGGAUGCUGAAAUGACCCAGAAGUUAAUAGACUUGAAGGACAAACAACAGCAGCAACUGCUUAAUCUCCGGCAAGAGCAGUAUUAUAGUGAAAAAUACCAGAAGCGAGAACAUAUUAAACUGCUGAUUCAAAAAUUGACAGAUGUUGCUGAAGAAUGUCAGAACAACCAGUUAAAGAAGCUCAAAGAAAUCUGCGAAAAAGAGAAGAAGGAAUUGAAGAAGAAAAUGGAUAAAAAGAGGCAGGAGAAGAUAACAGAAGCUAAAUCCAAAGACAAAACUCAGAUGGAAGAGGAAAAGACAGAGAUGAUCCGGUCAUAUAUCCAGGAGGUUGUGCAGUACAUCAAGAGGUUAGAAGAGGCACAAAGUAAACGGCAAGAAAAACUCAUAGAGAAGCACAAGGAGAUUCGUCAGCAGAUCCUUGAUGAAAAGCCCAAGUUGCAGACAGAGUUGGAGCAAGAAUAUCAAGACAAGUUCAAAAGGCUGCCCCUGGAAAUUUUGGAGUUUGUGCAGGAAGCCAUGAAAGGGAAGAUCAGUGAAGACAGCAACCACAGUUCUGCCCCUCCACCCCUGGCUCCAGACCAAGGGAAACUGAAUCACAAAUCCCUCUCGAAUGAGUUGCUGGAAGGAGAUAACCCAGGAAAAGAGUUUGAUACUCCUCUGUGAUGGUUCCUGCCAGGCCUUCAGGAUCUGCAUGGCGACUCAGCUCCGUCAGACUCUCUUGUUACAAAAAUCACCACCCAGAAGCAUCUUCCUGAGAAGCAUCCCUACUCUAUAAUCCAUAAAAAAGGGAGAUUCCAGAAGCAUCCAUGCAGACGUCCCCAGGCCCAGGCUCCAGGUGUUACGUGAAAACUACUGCAGGUCUACUAGUAGAGAGUGCAUGUACGUGGGAUUUUUAUUUUCUUUCCAUGUAAAUUCAAAGCAGGAAACUUCCAGGCUCUAUGGAACAUUUAAUGAAGGACUGUCUUUUUUGAAGAAUAUCAAGCUCAUGUUUGUAUUUGAAGCUCUGGUGUAAAGUAUUUCAUUGUAAUAGAAAUAGGUUGAGAAUUGCGUAGCACUAUUUAACACUAUUGAACAACCAACUUUGAACAUUUCUUUCCUAACUGCCCCUCAACUAAUAUAUCUUCACAUUAACAUGUAUAUUAAAUUGUUUCAUCCUUUGCUUUGCAAGCACUGGUGGCUUGCAGUUUGCUAAUUUAUUUAUCAUAGAGGCAUCAGUGUAUUUGUUGCUGACACAGUUUUAUCAGAUGCCAUAGUGAUUCAAAAUAAGCUGCUUUUAUUUUUUGGAAAAAAAAAUAUAUAUAACUUGAUUGUAUUCUUGCCCAGUGAAGCUACCCCAAGACUUGGCAACCCAGUGGCUUGUACAUUUUGGCUGCAUGAGCGAGUUAACCACACGCUUUCAGGCAGUGUGCUGAGUUGACUAUUCCACUCGAAGUCUGGGUAUCUGUUGGUCGCGGCCUGAAAUGAUUUCAGUAGCUGCAAAGAGUCUGUUUGAGUAAAUACAGUUGGGCUGAUGUAUGGUAAAUAGAGAUUCAAUCAGAAUGAUGCAGGUUCUAAUGGUUAUUUUGCUGUCUGACAUUUUUUAUGGUUCAUUUAUUUUGACUAUAGAAAUAAAUAAUGAAUAUUUAUAAAGAAUACACAGACCCAUAUAUAAAUGAUAUAUAUUAUUUCCAUGUAUAUAUGUAUACACUCAACCAUGUACUUGCACACAGACAUUCAUAUAAGUGUCCAUGUGUGUUUUCUAAUUGGCAGUGACACAGAUCUCCACCACUGCAAGACUUAAAGCCUAAUUUGGGGGUAAAUGGAUAGAGAAAAAAAUGAUAAUCAAAUAACUAGGUUACAUGGAUAUUACACUGUAUUGAGUUAUGUUAUAUUGAAUUGUGAGCUAGGUCAAUAGCUCACAAAUGAUGGCGCUAUUGAUGCAAAUUAAGGUAGAUUUAGAAAUUAGAAUAUGGAUUUGAUACAUAUUUUGCCAAAUCAAAAACUUGAUCUUAAGCAUAGUCUUUUAAUCUUCAUUUAAUAGUCAAAAUAGACAAAAUGGUGUAGGACAGCAAUAGGAAAAUAUGUUAGUAUCUUCCAUGAUUUUUUGUUAUUCUAACAAAAAACCUUUCAUUAUAUAUCUACUAUGUAUAUUUAAUUCAUUAAGUGUGUCUUUUUGUUAAAUUCCUUUUAAAUGACUUAAGAGAAACAGAUUAUAUGGUGGUAUAACUGAUCAAAAUUAUUAUUGAAAGGUAUUAAAUAAGAGAGAAUAAUUAUAUAGAGGAAAUAUAAUAUAGAGAGUAACACAACGAACAUUGAGGUUAAAGCCCUGAAGCAAGAUGCUUACAGCUUUAUUUUACUUUAAAAUAAACCUGUCUGAUUAUAGCUUAGGAAACAUUUAAAACACAAAAACUAUUUGUGUCCUGAAAAUUGUAUUUGAAGAAUUUAAUAUUUUUAUGGAAUUAUUUUAUUUAACUUUAAGCAAUAACUAGAGAUCACAAUUAAGUUUUAAUCGAAGGUUUUAAUGAAGGUUUAGUUCGAAUAUUAGAAGUGUUUGAUCAAAAAGAAAACACAUCUCGUGAGACACAAGGGGGAAAAUUUAUCCCCUUUGGAGAUGAUUAUAUUUUGAUCUGAAAGAUUUGGGGUAUUAAUUAGAUACUUAAUAAAACUUCAUUGAGAGAGAAAUCUUUUAUAAAUCAUUCUACUUUUGCACUUUGAAAGAAAGGCAUUGAACACAAGGAAGCAAGAAUGGUCAAAAUUGAAUGCUGCAUUUUUGUAAUAAAAUUAGAGACAGUUUAAAGUGGCAGAAGAAUGAAAGAAUAAUAGCAUUCACAGCCAAACACGGUGGUGAUUACUACAGAACACUAUCGCAUUUUAGUGCAGAAAUAGACUAAUGUUGAGUUACCUUGACUUACACAAAACUGUUUUAGUAGUUGAAUUUCAUGAUCUUAGUGAUUAGUCAUUUUACAGUACGUUUGUAUUUGGCCAUUUACUGUAACCACAUUUUUAUAUCUGUACAAUGACACUUUUUGCAGUUGUGGGGUAGUGCGUAACACUGUCCAUCUUGCAUCAUUGAACUACUACAGUGAUCUAUCAUUUACUAAUAUUAAUAUUACUUGAAAUAGACUAAGAUAAAGGGAAAGGGUCUAUAUGGUGUGCAGUUUUUGUGCCUUUAUGUAUUUGCCUUGUUCUUUGUUGAAUGCGUGAAAUUCUGUGCUGUGGUUUUCCUAUAAUAGAGAGUAGAGCUGUGUACUAAAUUAGACUGUACCCCUAUGAAACCUUUACACUACUGAGAAUAGUGUGGUUUUGGCCGUGUAAACCAAUUUUUCCAAGUUCUAAUGACAUGCCAUGUGUUUGGGUUUUUAAAUUUUCAUUUUAACAUUUCAGUAUCGCCAUACAUUAAGUAAUACUCCUGUACUAGAUAAGCAGUUAUUCAAUAACUCCAAAAGAAAGGGCCAUUGCUUGCAUUACUUUGAAUUUAAUGUCACGCUUGUGCUCUGUAUAAAUAUUGUUUGUGAUGGAUUGGACAUUGUGACUUUUGUCUUUUCAGAAGAAAAAUGAAGAUAGGGCAGAGAAUAGGAAGCUCUCAAAAUGUACAGAUUUUGGUUCUCCUAUCCCAGAUUAUUUAAGAUGCAUAAUUCACAUUUUUGUAAUAAUUCUAUGCAAUUUUGUGGCAUGAUGUUUCCUCCACUUGUAAUUUUAUGUGCUUUCACCACAGAUCCAAAGGAAACAAUAAAAAUUUCUUAACACA